AUGCCGUCCGCCGCCCUCGAGUCAAAACCGAGCUCUGCUCAAAGCUCAAAACCCUCGUCCAUCAAGUCGUCGCACGAGGGAAAGAGAUCGCCUACUCUGCUCUCCCAGAAUGGGUCUGAGAAGCUCUCUCCUUCCCCAAGCGAGACCCAGCUGAAGCCUCCCUCUGAGAAGUCCUCGGUCAAGGAUCGCCUUUCUCGCAUGUUUUCAACAAAGGACGUCACAAAGGUCCACGUCAAUGGCGAUGUCACACCUCGAUCUCGCGGCCCGUCAAUUAGCGGCGCUUCUUCUCCCGCCCCGCCAAAAGAAUCAAUAGAAAAGCCCUCCGAGAAGCUCCCCGCCGCAAAACCCAAAGAAGCCACCAAAGCCAAAGAAUCAGUCAAGCCCAAGGACUCAAACCGCUUCACUGGUCGCCGCGACGAAGAGGGCUAUGGCCCCAUCGAGUCCUUACAUAGGGCUCGUUGUCGAAAUGUCAUCUACUCCGUUUUGGAUCCCCAUCCCACCCGUCGUCUUACAGCCGCUCAGGUUCUCAAGUCUGAGUGGGUUCGUGAGAUUAAACUUUGCAAGGCCGGCGAAGAAGGUCUCUAA